AUGGACCGCCUCUUCUGGCCAGACCCACAGUUCAUGUCUGUGGCAGGGCCGGACGAACCGUGGGUGGUGGAUCUUCGGGGCCGAGCAGAGGAAGCUCUCGAGGCCGCCAUUGCUCCCCUAAGGGACUAUCUCAAGCUCUUUGACCGGUACGUCGACUUCCUCAACCUCGACGUCGAGGCGUACAUGGCGUCGAUGACCCACACGAGCAAUGACGGCGGGGGUGGCGAAGACGACGACGACGAGGAGGGCCUCGGAGUCGCGACCGUCAACCUGGCCGCGCUCAGGGCGGUCUUGACCAAGCACCAGCGGCUGCUGGUGGAGCAAAAGACCCACUGCGAAACGCUGGCGUCCGCUUGCUGCACCAAGUUCCAGUCGGUGCUGGCAUGGCUGCAGAAGAAGCCGAAGGACAUCGAGGAGGUCGCCCAGCUGGAAGAGUACAUGAAGACGCUAGACACGAACCUGGCGCCCCUUUCCGAUGCCCUUGGGACUAUGAUGGAGUGCAAUGAGGUGGGCGAGUGCUGGUUGGAGAAGAAUGGGCGGAUCUCACGAAAGCGUCUUGGUAGAUACGGUAUUCGGAUUUCACUAUUGGCAUGUACGGAGUCCGGGCCCAUUCUGUCGCUCAUCAUGCUUGAAGCUGGAUGUAUUUUGUUGGAAGAAUCGCUUGCUCUCUUGCCUUCGUGGACUGAAUACGCCCAUCGCACCCUCAUGGUUCACGCACAGCUCCUGGAAGAAUUCAGCUACGCGGUGCCACUGGAGCACUCGAACGACAAGUGGGUGGCCUUCGCCUGGCCUCAGCGGAUAGCCCAGCAGUGCGAGGACACGGAGGCUCUUCUUAAGCAGAGCAGGGGGUUGUUCCAAGAGGAGAUGGAGAGCGAGCAGGAGCGGUUCACGCACACGAUGGACCUCCUCGAGCUGGAGGUGGCUGGGCUCGAGCAGCACGAGGACCUGGCCUUAGUCGACCGAGUUUCCAAGCUGGUCGGAGAGAUAGCCGGCAGGAUCACGGACGCGGAGACCAAGUCUCGGCUGUUCCAGUCCCGGGAAGGGCUCUUUGGCCGCCCGCCCACGGAGUACGAUCAGAUCCUCCGCGUGCGGAAGGCCGUGGAGCCGUACGUCAACCUCUGGACGACGGCGAAGGAGUGGACGCUCAGCUACGAGGCUUGGACGAAGGGAUCUUUCCUGGCGAUCGAUGCGGCGACUCUCGAGGCCGAUGUCGAAAGGUGUGGCGAUGGGGUGCGGUAUGGACAGGCCCAUAUUUUGGGGUUGGUCAAGGCGAGAAAGGGUUUCACCAUCUCUAGUCGAACGCCCUAUCUAAACGGUGAACGUCCACACAUAGCAAACAACAUGGCCGACCGAACCUUCACCCUGCCCCCACCGUCGGCCAAAAUGACGACCGAAGCAUCUCAGAUGAUCCCGGCCUCCCGCCUCCUGCCCCACCGCCCACCCACUCGCCGACUAUGUUUGUCGCGAAGGCUGGGGACGGCGAUCCAAAAGGCCUCCCGCGUUUUUGACAACACCGGGAAGGUGGCGCAGAGCAAUAUCUGCAACGUCAUCAAGGACAGAGUUUCGGCCUUCCGGCCGAAGGUUCCAGCCAUCGUGGCUCUACGAAACCCGGGCAUGAAGCCGAGGCACUGGGAGCAGCUGAGCGACAAGCUGGGCUACUCGCUGAACCCCGACGAGAACUACACCCUCGAGGAGCUCCUGGAACUCGACCUCGAACCUUACCAGGCCCAGAUUGACAAGGUGUCUGAAUCGGCGGCAAAGGAGUACCAAAUCGAGGAGGCCUUGACUAAGAUGGAAGACGAAUGGAAGGACAGCCGACUCGAGAUCGUGGGGUACCGCGAGACCGGCACCGGGAUCCUCAAGGGAGUAGACGAGAUCAACACCGUACUAGACGAGCAGGUGACCAUGACGCAAGCGAUGCAGUUUUCGGCGUUCAAGGGACCAUUCGCUGAAAGGAUCGACGUUUGGAACGGCAAGCUCUACAUGCGAAACUGGCUUUAUCUUCAGCCAAUCUUUGAAAGCCCCGAUAUCAACAAGCAGCUUCCCGCGGAAGGCAAAAAGUUCGCCAUGGUGGACAAGAACUGGCGACAGACUAUCUCAAGCGCCAAGAGCAACAGCAAGGUGAUCGACUUCUGCAACAGCCCCAAGCUGCUGGAGCGGUUCAAGGAGGGGGCACAGCUGCUAGACGAGGUCCAGAAAGGGCUAAGUGACUACCUUGAGACCAAGCGCUCGGUGUUCGCGCGGCUUUACUUCCUCUCCAACGACGAGCUCCUCUCUAUCCUGUCGGAGUCCAAGGACGUUCACAGGGUGCAGCCCCACCUCAAAAAAUGCUUCGAGGGCAUCGACAAGGUUGUCUUUGAUCGUGAUUUGCUGAUAACGCACAUGGUGUCUCCCGAGGGGGAGUCGCUGAAGCUCAUCGAACCGAUCGACCCCAAAGGGCAGAACGUCGAGGCUUGGAUGCUGGAGCUUGAGGGCAAUAUGCGACUCACGAUUGCCCCGUCCAUAACCACAAGUGAACUGCGGAAGACAACACAACGAAUGAAGAAGAAGCCAUGCCCGGUGCUCUCUGACGUUCAGGUGCGAGAUCACAUGCACCGGGCGAUUCAGGACUACUUAUGCUCCGGGCGAUGCGAGUGGAUGCAGAAGUGGCCCGGCAUGUGCGUGUUGAAUGCCUCGCAGCUGCACUGGACCUCGGAGACGGAAGAGUUGCUGCUCGAGCAGGGUGGAGAAGCGCCACAGACGAUGCUCACAAGACAGCUGCGGUACUACUGGGACGAAGGUGAUCUCUGGGCGGAGAUGGUGGCAGCGAGGCGACCGUACGGGUACGAGUACCUCGGGAACUCUUUCCGGCUCGUGAUCACACCGCUCACAGACAAGUGCUACCUGACGCUCAUGGGCGCCCUUCAGAUGAUCCUCGGUGGUGCUCCAGCAGGGCCUGCGGGAACCGGGAAGACCGAAACGACCAAGGAUCUAUCCAAGGCCCUGGCGAUGCAGUGCGUGGUGUUCAACUGCUCCGACGGCCUCGACUACAUCGCCAUGGGCAAGUUCUUCAAGGGCUUGGCAUCGUGCGGCGCUUGGGCCUGCUUCGACGAGUUCAACCGGAUCAACAUCGAGGUACUGUCCGUGGUGGGCCAGCAAGUCAUGACCAUCCAACAGGCCCUCAAGAGCGGCAACCCGCGAAUUUCGUUCAUGGGCAGCGACAUCAUCGUCAAGCCCGGCUUUGGAGUGUUCAUCACCAUGAACCCUGGAUACGCGGGGAGGUCGGAUCUUCCCGACUCCCUGAAGGCCCUGUUCCGGCCGGUGGCCAUGAUGGUGCCCGACUACGCCCUGAUCGGGGAGAUCAUGUUCUUCGCCUACGGCUUUGCUCAGGCCAAGGAGUGCGGCGCGAAGAUGGUCACCACGUUCAAGCUUUGCUCGGAGCAGCUUUCUGCCCAGGACGUUAACUUCCCUAAGUUCCUGGAGAUGGACUUGCCGCUCUUCGAGGGCAUCAUCUCCGAUCUCUUCCCGGGCAGGAAGCGACCCGUGCUGGACUACGGCGACCUGAACAGCGUCAUGAAGCUGGUGAUCCAGGCGAAGGGCUUGCAGCCGCACCCCUUCUUCACAACUAAGGUGACCCCGGUGUACGCGUGGGUACACCAUAGACUGUGCGUCGCAAGGCAGAUUGCUUUAUAUUUGAGCGUCACCCCAAUCAUAACUGACUUCAAGGUCAUACAGCUUUACGAGAUGAUCGUGGUCCGGCACGGGCUGAUGCUGGUCGGGCCGACGGGGGGAGGAAAGUCUUCGAACCUCCACGUUCUCGAGGAAACGUUGUCCCGUUUGAAAAAAAUGGGCAAAGAGAUGUACGGCGAGUUCGACCCAAGCACGCACGAAUGGCAGGACGGAAUCAUGUCCACGAUGUACAGGCUGGCAGCUUCCAGCCCUACUUCGGACAGGAAGUGGGUUGUCUUUGAUGGACCAGUCGAUGCCAUCUGGAUCGAGAACAUGAACACCGUUCUCGACGACAACAAGAAGCUGUGCCUGAAUUCGGGGGAGAUCAUCAAGAUGUCUCCUGAAAUGACUAUGAUGUUCGAGGUCGAAGACCUCACUGUAGCCUCUCCGGCCACCGUAUCUCGGGUGGGGAUCAUCUACAUGGAGCCAAAAGGCCUGGGGCUAGACGUGCUCUGUCAGACGUGGCUCGCAACCCUGCCGUCCACGCUGCCGCAGGACAUCAUUGUCCAGUUUUCCGCUCUCUUCGACACGUAUCUUAGCUCAGGUGCCCCAUGCUCCAGGAAUCGUUUGGUGGUGAUGCCCGGUCUCAUUGGACGAACUAGCGCGUUAAACGACUUUGGCAGGAAAUUGACUUUCUCUCGAACCGAGGCGAUCAAGGCUUUAGUGACCCACGUGGAAGCGCUAUUCUUAUUUGCCUUCGUCUGGAGCGUGGGCUGCACCGUCGACCAAGCGGGGCGGAGGCAGUUCGAUGCCUGGCUCAAGUGCGAGACGGCCAGCAACACCAGCCCCUGGCUGUUCCCCAAGGAGGGCACCGUAUACGACUACGUGUUCGUGCCGGAGAAGGGCGACAAGGGAGAGUGGGUCCCAUGGAUGACCACGACCGAGGCUUACUCCGUCGAUCCCAAGCUUCAAUUCAACGAGACUUCGGCCAACAUGACCCAGGAUAUGAUGGACGCUAAGAUGGAGAAGCGAAGAAAAGGGGUCUUCGGCCCCCCCGCCGGGAAGCAGUUCGUUGUGCACAUAGACGACCUUAAUAUGCCUAAACAGGAGGAAUAUGGAGCUCAGCCACCAAUCGAGAUCCUUCGGCAGUGGUUUGACCAGGACGGGUGGUACGACCGCAAAGAGCUGACCUACCGGAAAAUCAUCGACGUGACCAUGGUUUGCUCCAUGGGCCCUCCCGGGGGCGGCAGGGCCCACGUAACCCCUCGGUUCGUGCGGCACUUCAAUGUAAUCGGGUACGUCGACAUGUCGGACGACGACAAGCGCGUGAUCUUCAGCACCAUCCUCGACAAUUUCCUCUCCACCGGCUUCGAGACGACCUUAGCCAGCUACAAGUCCGUGACGACGCCGGAGAUGCUGGUCCGCCUGUGGUGCCACGAGAGCAAGCGCGUGUUCGAGGACCGGCUGAUCAACGCCGAGGACCACGCGUGGUUCAAGGACCUCCUCAAGGGCAUCGUGACCAACAACUUCCAGAUGGAUUGGCACGACGUGGUCCCCCAGGAGCGCUUGAUCUACGGGGACUAUAUGAUACCGGGAGCCGAGCCCACUGUCUACGAGGAGGUCCCGGAUUUGGACAAGCUCACGUCGACCAUCAACCAGUACCUCGUGGACCACAACGGGGAGUCCAAGCAACCGAUGCCGCUCGUCAUGUUUCUGGACGCGAUCGAGCACGUCUCGAGGGUCAGCCGCAUCCUGAGACAGCCGCAGGGAAACGCUCUUCUCUUGGGGGUGGGCGGCUCCGGACGUCAGUCAAUGACGAAGCUGGCCACCUACAUCGCCGGAUACGACCUCUUCCAGGUGGAGAUCAGCAAAGGAUACGCCGUUUCGGACUGGAGGGACGAUGUUCGGAGGUGCCUCCUCGGAGCCGGACUGAAGAACAAGCCCACUACAUUCCUCUUCAGUGAUGUUCAGAUCGUGAACGAGGUCAUGCUGGAGGACAUCAACAACAUCUUGAACGCCGGAGACGUCCCGAACCUGUAUGCCCCCGAAGACCUCGAUGCCAUCAUGUCCACCUGUAGGUGA